AUGAAUGAUUACUAUUAUCAAUGUGUUCCAGGAACAGCCACAACGCCGGCUUCAAAGCCAACUACUGCUGCCACUUCAACUACAAGCACACAAAAGACAACUUCAAGUACAUCAACAAGCACAUCGAAAUCAAAUCAAAAUUGUGUUUCGGCUUAUGGUCAAUGUGGUGGUGCAAAUUACGGUUCUCCAAGCUGUUGUACCGAUGGAUAUUACUGCUCAUCUAUGAAUGAUUAUUAUUAUCAGUGUGUUCCAGGUACUGCUACUUCAACCUCAACCUCAACCUCAACCACAACCUCAGCAAAACAACCAACAACCACUUCAACAAGCUCAACUUCCACCUCUUCAACAACCACAUCAAAACCAACUACAGCUUCAGCAACUCAGUGUGUCUCAGAUUAUGGGCAAUGUGGUGGUGUCAACUAUGUUGGACCAAACUGUUGUGGUAACGGUUUUGCUUGUUCAUCUAUGAAUGAUUAUUACUAUCAAUGUGUUCCAUCUGAUGCUACGUCAUAUUCCAGAGCAACGUCAACUUUGUCAAGUAAAUUGCCAACAGAUACAUUCACGAGUAAGAUCACCAGCUCUUCAAACGGACUCGUCUUCUCUUCCACUACUACAACGGAAAGCAGCAUCAUUCUAGCUUCAUCUAGUGCUUCAAAAUCAUCAAGUUUGACAUCCAGCGUUGUGCCUCACUCAUCAGCCACAAGUGAUACAUCCACACAUACACCAGCCUCACACCAAAAUUCCGAGUCUUCAAAAAAUUCACCAUCAACAAUAUCGGCAACGACUAUUACACUAAGUGGAACAACAUCAUCAUCAAAUGAUGAAACAUCUUCAUUAGUUUCAACAAGUGCUGAAAUAUGUGUUACUGCCUCUGGUAGAUGUGGUGGAAAAGGUUACUAUGGUCCAAGCUGCUGCGUUCAGGGAUGGUCGUGUCGCUCUAUCGAUGAGUACAACUAUCAAUGUGUUGAGGAAGUUACAACCAGCAGUAACGCACAACCAUCAAGCGCUACUCCUUCAAGCUCAAGCAUCAUCAAGCCAACUUCCAUUAUUGUGAGUUAUUCGGACAACUAUUCUGCUUCACCAUCAUCAACUACAAGCGAACGGCCAUCAACUACGAGUGAAGGUUCUUUUACCAGCUCAACCUUCGUCAGCUCUCAGAUUACUUUACCACCUUCAUCCACCACUGCUGAAUUCUCCACCCACACCACCACUUUGUCACAAUACACUACAUACAGACAAAAUACUAAUUAUAGAGUUUUGAUCUAUUUGGUUGAUACUGAUGGAACAACAUACAAAGUGAGAGAAGAGUAUGCCAAUACUUCCAUGCAACAGCAAACAACUAUUGCUACGUAUUAUCCAGUGACUACAUCUUUGACAAGUAUUUCAUCAAUAGGAUCUAUAUCUCAGAUUGAGUCAUCUUUUAUCAGUCCAGGUAACACUGGCUCAUCUGGCUACUCAUCAGUUGCUUCAAGUUCAGAAUUGUCUAGAGUCUCAUCAGCUCCAGUUAGCUCAUCAGACUAUUCAUCAGUUGCUUCAAGUUCAGAAUGGUCUAGUGCUUCAUCUGGUUCAUCAGCUCCAGUUAGUUCGUCUGACUAUUCAUCAAUUGCUUCAAGCUCCGAAUGGUAUAGUGCUUCAUCUAGUUCCUCAGCUCCAGUUAGUUCAUCUGACUAUUCAUCAAUUGCUUCAAGUCCUGAAUCGUCUAGUGCUUCAUCUGGUUCAUCAGCUCCAGUUAGCUCAUCGGACUACUCAUCAAUUGCUCCAAGCUCAGAAUGGUCUAGUGCUUCAUCUGGCUCAUCAGCUCCAGCUAGCUCAUCGGACUACUCAUCAAUUGGUUCUAGCUCAGAAUGGUAUAGUGCUUCAUCUAGUUCCUCAGCUUCAGUUAGUUCAUCUGACUACUCAUCAAUUGCUUCAACCUCAGAAUGGUCUAGUGCUUUAUCUGGUUCAUCUGACUACUCAUCUAUUGCUUCAAGUUCUGAACGGUCUACUGUUUCAUCAGAUUACUCCAAAGUUACCACUGUUAAGCCUGGUGAAACUACAGCUUCUUUAGAUUUAUCUAGCUCAUCGGACUACUCAUCAGUUGCUUCAAGCUCCGAAUGGUCUAGUGCUUCAUUUGUUUCAUCAGCUCCAGUUAGUUCAUCUGACUACUCAUCAAUUG